AUGACGGUUGUAUCGUUACCCAACGUACCGGCCUUAGCCGAUGUUGUACUGUCUGCCACGGAUGAGCAACAAAUUCUCCUUGACACGGCAGAAAGAUUCCAUCAACAGUUAUGGGAUAUUAACAAGACGAUUCAUGACAAUCCGGAAUUGUGCUACAAGGAGUUUAAAGCACACGACGCAAUUACUUCAUUCCUGGAAGCCAAUGGCCUUGAGACUACGAAUCAUGCCUACGGCCUAGAUACAUCAUUUGUUGCAGAAUACGGUCAAGGAGGCCGGCUGGUGACGCUGUGCGCAGAAUAUGACGCCCUGCCGGGCAUUGGUCAUGGCUGCGGCCACAAUCUGAUUGCAACCGCCGCAAUCGCCUCCUUCCUGGGCGUUGUGCAUCUUAUAAAGUCUGCCAAUAUCCCAGGACGAGUCCGCUUGCUCGGCUGCCCGGCAGAGGAAGGAGGCGGCGGCAAGAUCAAAUUGAUCCAAGCCGGUGCCUUUCACGGCGUCGACGCCGCCUUGAUGCUCCACCCGAUACCGCCAGUAGAUCGCGACCAUCCCGAUACAACUGGCCUUUUCGACGGCAUCUCGUAUGGCACAUGUCUGGCCGGGAGUCGGUUCCGGGCCACGUUCAAGGGCAAAGCGGCACACGCAGGUGCCAUGCCCUGGCUCGGUGUCAAUGCUCUCGAUGCGGCGACCCUGGCGUACACGGCUGUGGGCAUGCUGCGACAACAAAUCAUGCCUCACGACCGCAUAAAUAUCAUCAUCAAGGAGGGCGGAACCAGCAGCAAUGUCAUUAGCGACAGAUCAGUGAUUGACGCUUGCACGAGAUCUGCGACACUAAAGGAGAUGGUGCUCUUGCAGGACAGAGUGGUCAAGUGCUUUGAGGGAGCCGCAAUUGCGACGGGCUGCGAUGUUGUAGUGGAAGAAGAAGGAGAAGCUUAUGCUGAUUUGCGCCCGAACGAGACACUCUGCACCGAGUUCACGGAGGAGAUGCGCCGAGUGGGCAAAACGUAUUAUUGUGACUUGGGCAAGAAAGAUGUCGGAGGUUAUGGAACCGAUAUGGGCAAUGUGAGCUACGAGUGUCCCUCUUUUCAUGGAACUUUCGUUAUCCCUCUACGUGACGGAGAAAAUAUUCAUGGUCCUGGAUUUACCAGAGCAGGAGGGACAGAGGAGGCAUUCAACACCGCUCUUGAGGCAGCAAAUGGCAUGGCCGCCACCGCCUGGAAGGUCCUUCGCGACCAAGAAUUUGCUUCCAAAGUGAUGGAAAAGUUCGAGGCAGACAAGGCGUUGCGAUGA